AUGAAGAUCGCACGGAACAUGGCUUGCCGAGUGCGACGGACCGGGCAUGGCUGGACAGGGUUCGGCAGCCUCCACGCCCGCAGCAUGGUGACAGAGCUUCCCUACCUUCCGCAACGCUGGGAGGAGCUUGCGCUUCCCACCAGAAGGCGCAUUGAAGACGCCAAGUCCAUGCAUCCGCUCUUCUACACGGACGCCGCUUAUGCGCAGGCGGAGCGUGAGCGCAUCUUCGGGAUGAGUUGGUUUGCGGUUGCGCAUGUGCAGGAGCUUGCGCAGCCCGGGGAUGUGAAAGUGGUGGAGGUGGGUACAACCUCCAUCAUCUUGACCCGCGACAAGAACCACCGGCUCCACGCCUUCUACAACUCCUGCCGGCACCGAGGUGCCAGGGUGGUCUCAUCCGGGGCGACAGGAUGCAAGCAGCUGGUGUGCCCCUACCACUGGUGGGCCUAUCGCUUGGACGGUUCCUUGAAGUCGACACCUCCCGCCGCGAUGCCGAAGGAGCGCAAGGACGACUUGGGCUUGGCGAGAGUGCCCGGCCUGGAGACCUUUGCAGGCCUCAUCUUCCUGAACCAGAUGCCAAAGCCACCUCCUCUCCGUGACACCCUGGGAGAUCUGCCGGAGAAGCUGGCGCGCUAUGAUUUGGAUGAGAUGCACUUGUACAAGCAUAAGAUGUACGACAUCGCCGGGAACUGGAAGUUGAUCGCCGAGAACUAUGUGGACUUCUACCACGUGGACGCGGUGCAUCCCGAGCUCGCCAAGUUCUCUCGCGUGGAUGACCACCAGCCAUAUCAAGGGGGUGGCCAGUAUGUGGGCUUUGUGACCAACCCCCUGACCGACUGCGGCGGCCCGGGCGACACCUCGAGGUUCAACCACUUCGCGCGGUUGAAGGCCGUCGAGUCCAGCUCUGGACUGUACUUCCAGAUCUUCCCCAACGUCUCGCUGACCAUCUACCCGCACUCCAUGUUCACCAUGCUGACCCUGCCGGCUGGACCAGACCGGACGCAGGAGCAGCUCACGCUGCUCAUGGCGCCGGAGGCGCAGAAGAACGGCGUGUCGCGGGAUGAGCAUCACGAGAGGUGUGAGGCAUGGAUGAAGUUCUUUAUGGAGGUCAACGAUGAGGACGUGGCCGCUAUCGAGAACUUGCAGAAGGGCUUGGCAAACCGUGACGGACGAGGCAUGCACGGUGAAUUCAUCCCAAAGUACGACUGGACAGUGCACCGAUUUCAGAAUAUGGUCUUAAGCGGCCUAGAAGGCCACACUUUGAAUGAGGACUAUAUGCCAAGGCUUGAAAGCGCAUUCGAGCAAAUGGUUCGUAGCGCUUGA